UCGAUAGAAAUAAAAAAUAAACUUGUUUACCGCAGCACCAAUCCCUUGAUUGAAAUAAUAAGUAAAAGAGUAAAAUGUUACGAUUAAUGAUAUUUAUAUCGAUUGUUACAUUGUUACUUUCGGAUAAAGUAACUAUGACAAGCAAUACCUUUCUCUGUCGAAACAAUCAACAGUGUACGUUUCUUGAAUACUGUCCAGAUAAGAUGAUUCUCAUGAAAAGAAAUGAACUUCCAAUACACAGUUUCCGUCAAUCGAUAUGCGAUUAUUCAGGGUUAAGACCAAAAGUGUGUUGCGAUAUAAGUUAUUCCCCUAGGUCGAUAUUACCCGAACAAAAUAUAAUAUCACUUCUAGAGUCAAAAUCGAAUAGCAAAUGUGGUAAAAGUCUUAUUAAAAAUAACAUUGAUAUUUUUGGAUCUUAUCCUUUCUUAGCUAGAAUAGGUUUCAUAAGUAAGUAUAUUAUUUGCCAUUCGUAUAAAGUGCAUUUCAAAUUUCUACUUUAAUUCUAUCAUUCAAUCGUAGAUUUGCAAACAGGACACAUGAAAUAUCCAUGCAGUGGUACGAUUAUAAAUGAGAGAGCAGUAAUAACAACGGCAUCCUGUGCACUUGCUAAUUCUCAGAUAUACAAAUUAUACGCCGUAGCUGUUGGAGAAUUUAAUACCGAAACGGAUCCAGACUGUAAUCCCUUAUUUUGUGGUCAUAAGAUUCAACAUUACAAUAUAUCCUAUAUAAUAAAACAUCCAAAUUAUUGUCCAGACACUUUUGCAAAUAAUAUAGCAUUAAUUCGUUUGGAAAAACCUAUACAUUUUGAAGUAACGGCACAACCAGUUUGUCUAUUACCGAAAGAAAUUUAUAUUAGAACAGGUUCAAAUGCCGUAUUAAUCGGCUGGGGUAAAUUAUCGAAUCAAAAAGAUUUGUUGACUAUGCAACAAGAAUUAAAGAUGAUAUUGUUACCUAAAGAAAAUUGCAUGGACUUUUCAAAUCAAGGAUAUUGUGUAGAAUUGUGUGCUAGCGGAGAAACAGAACCUUGUUCGGCUUACAAUGGAAGUCCUCUAUUGUAUAAAUAUGGCGAUACAUAUUUUUUGGUGGGAAUUCUAUCCUAUGGUUCAAACUGCGAUGAGAAAUCAAAUUUACCAUUGGUUUUCGUAGAUGUACAAAAAUAUGCGAGGUGGCUUUUAGAAAAUCUUUAAACGCUUUAUACAAGAAUACUUACAACUUGAUUUGCC